AACAAAAGCUUCCCAUUGGCUGAGAGAAGAAAAGGGAGGGGUGCAAAAACUAAUGCUUGAGAGAAACUUUUGUGUCUCCAAAGUGUAAGUGUCUCACUCUCCGGCAGAAAGACAAAGUCAAGAGGGCAGGGCCUUUAUUCCGUUAGCUCAAGUUCAGACCUGACACACAGCCAACAUGUCCAGCAAACGGGCAAAAGGGAAGACGACCAAGAAGAGGCCACAGAGGGCCACCUCGAAUGUUUUCGCUAUGUUCGAUCAGUCACAGAUCCAGGAGUUCAAGGAGGCCUUCAACAUGAUCGACCAGAACCGAGACGGAUUCAUCGAUAAAGAGGACCUUCAUGACAUGUUGGCCUCUUUGGGUAAGAACCCAUCUGAUGAUUACCUCGAGGUUAUGAUGAGUGAAGCACCAGGUCCCAUUAACUUCACAAUGUUCCUCACCAUGUUCGGAGAACGGCUGAACGGAACCGACCCGGAGGACGUGAUCAGAAACGCCUUCGCCUGCUUUGAUGAAGAAGGAUCCGGCUUUAUUCAUGAAGAUCAUCUGCGAGAGCUGUUGACCACCAUGGGUGAUCGAUUCACAGAUGAGGAGGUGGACGAACUGUUCAGAGAGGCUCCCAUCGAUAAAAAGGGAAACUUUAACUACGCAGAGUUCACACGCAUCCUCAAACACGGAGCCAAAGAUAAAGACGACAUGUAGACGAUUGACUACAGCAGAACAACACGUGCCUAUAUACAUGCAUGAGCAUGCACGGGUGUAAACAGCAAUGAAGCAUGACAUCAUGAUAAUUUAUCAAAGAAGAUACAAGUGUACGCUUUAUUAUACAUCCCCCAAAAAUGUUGGGUUGUUUCAACCCAUAGUUGGGUCAAAAAUGGACAAACCCAACUAUUGGGUCAAAAAUAACCAUAUAACCCAACUAUGGCUUGAAACAACUCAAAGAUUAACCCAACAGUUGGGUGUGUCCAUAUUUGACCCAACUAUGGGUUGAAACAACCCAACAUUUUUUUACAGUGUAUGAUCAGAUCAUGUUAAAAUGGAUGUAUGUCUUUGGCUAUUAAGAGAUUUUUUUAAACAUUCAUGUGUAAUGUAGGUUUAAAAAAUGCUGGGUUAUUUUCAACCCAGCGUUGGGUUAAAAAGAGACAAACCCAACCCACUGGGUAGUAAUUUAACCUAUGCUUGUUGUUUCAACCUAAAUCUAAAAAUUUUCUGGGUUUUCUGGCCCAUAGGGUUUCGUCUCUUUUUGACCCAACACUGGGUUGAAAAUAACUCAGCAUUUUUUGUGUAUUACACAGCUGUGGCUAUAAAUUUUAAACGGACCCAAAUCAAAUCAGUGUUAGAGACCAAACAGAUGACAGAAACCUGCAUUUAGACGUCAUGAAUUAUGCUUCAGUUUUUAUGUUGUACAAGCAUUUUCAUGAUCUUCCUUUUAUUGCUUAAUACAGAUACAUUGAGCAUUAUAGCUGUCAGUAAACCUAUACAAAAUCUGAUCAUAUUCAUGCACAUUAUGAUGAUUUCAAUUGCAUGUUAAGCCCAGUUGUUGGGAUCUAUAUUGGUUUAGUUCUGCAGCUGUAUCCAUCAAACCCUAUGAAGCUCUGCUCUAUGAAGUGUUGUCAGGUGUGUUUACCUGUGGCAGCUGUCAGGUGUGAUCUAUGAAGUCAUCUGUCAUAUCAACUGAAGUAUUUUAUACUGAAAUAAAGGUGUAAAGAUGGUAACUUA